AUGUCUGAUCAUCAGAGUUUCUCAUUCGUUCUUAUCUAUAGACCUGAGAAAGGGCCACAGGCAGAUUCCAAUCGUUCUGCUUUCUUUGACGAGUUCUGCAGCCUACUCGACAACAUAUCUAUCACCGCAACGAAGGAUAAGUUAUAUCUCUUAGGAGACUUUAACUUUCAUCUCGAUAAUCCCAAUCACCCUGACUCUAAGAGGCUACUUGAGAUACUCGAACAGCGAAGUCUUCUUCAACACGUUAACAGUCCUACCAACGACAAAGGCCAUGUGUUAGAUCUCCUCAUUUCGCGUAUUGGGGACUCCUCUAUUGCCGACAUUGAAGUCACAGAUCCUAGCAUAUCUGAUCAUUGUGCAGUUUCCUUUGUCCUACGUAUGGUAAAGCCAUCGGAACUGCAGAAGACUAUUUGUUACCGUACGAUUAAGGCGAUCGAUGCUGAUUCUUUUGCCUCUGACCUUACGAGGAGAGUGAAGGCUCUUGACCUCGCAAGUGAUCUUGAGACUCUAACUGUGUGUUAUGACAAGGUUCUCCGAAACACACUUGACCAACAUGCUCCUGCGAAGUCCAAACGCGUUACAGUCCGUCCCAAUGCACCUUGGUUCAGUGACGAGAUUGUACAGGAAAGAAAGACUGAACGUAAACUUGAACGGAAAUUUCGGCGCUCAAAACUUACAAUUGAUCGCCAGAUUUGGAAACAUCAAGCCAGACUUGUGGAUUCAAUGAUUGAGACAGCCAAGGAGGACCAUUUUGCUGUGCAGGCUGAGGAAUCAUCAACUGUUGACACUUUCAGAACAGUGAACUCUUUACUCUAUGGCAAGAAGAACACUGUUUUGCCGAGUCAUGAGUGCGCCAAUGAACUUGCAGAAAGGUUCAGUGCAUAUUUUGCAAAUAAGGUUCAACUGAUUAGGGAGUCUUUCCCUGACCAGGACGGUGAUGAGCAAGUGCAUGAACAGUAUCUGUGCUCCUCCAAGCUUGAUGAGUUUAAGCCUGUUACUUCCACUGAGUUUGUUAAACUCCUCGGUCAAAUGAGAGCUACUAGCUGUUCACUUGACCCCAUUCCAACACCUUUGCUGAAAAAGUGUACACCGGGUAUAGUUGAGCUUAUGAUUGCAAUCAUCAACUCCUCUCUCAGUUGUGGUGUUGUCCCUGAUAGUUUCAAGAGGGCUAUUCUUAAUCCACUUAUUAAGAAACCAUCAUUGGAUGCCGAUGUACUUAAAAACUAUCGCCCGGUGUCCAAUCUAUGCUUUCUCUCAAAGGUGCUUGAGAGGGUAGUUGCCAAUCAAUUAUCAGUACACUUGGAUAGCAACGAUCUGCGUGAACCUUUUCAAUGA